CUCAGUGCGGCGCAGUAAGUUUGAGCUUCACUCCUGCAGCCAGAGAGGAUGAGGAUGAAGAUGAUGCUGGGAUGAGCGAGUAAAAAGCAAGCAUAGCGGACUCGCAUCUUUUAUUACACAGUGAGCACCUGCUGGCGGCGGCUCUGAGUGCUUGAGCUCUGGGUGUGACGGCUGUCUUUUGUCCACCACCUGCUUCCCAUCAGAUGAAUUACCCGGAAUAUCUCCUCCACUCAACCGGAUCGCGCUGGAAUUACAUUGAACUCAAAAGUUAGGCGUGCGUUAUUACUCUUUGGGGUUUUUCGGUAACUCAUGUGUGUUUGCGUGAUUGUUGGUGCUCGUCUGCUGUGAUUGAGCGCCAGAUGCACGCGCUGUUUGACCGCAACUGGAAAGGGCUGGGAAUCGAUCUGUCUCCGCUCUCGUCGCCCCGCGCCGCCGCGAGGAUGUUCAGCUGCGUCGGGUGUUUUUGGGUGCUCCUGUCCUCUGCCCUGGUCGCGAUUUGCAGCUUUAGUUUUAUAUCUCCCGCUUGGAUAGUGAAGGAGCAUCCGAAAAACCACAAGGAUUCCGUGAGUUUUGGGCUCCUGUGGCACUGCUCCGAGUCUCUGGAUCACAUGUACAGAUGUUACACCUUUGGCGGGCUGGGCAAAUUUCAGGAGAUUCCGUCCAGCUCUUGGCAGACGAGUGCGGUGCUGUGUUCAGGUGGAUGUGCUCUGCUGGCGGUCAGUUCCCUGCUGGCCAUCAUCACUAUCUUCCUGCCCAGCGGAGCCUGUGAGCGGAGGAUCUGCACGCUGGCUGGAUACAUGCAGAUGGCUGCAGUGGUCAUUAUGGCGUCUGGUUUACUGGUUUACCCGUUCGGUCUCAACUCCAGCCUGGUGCAGUCUUUCUGCGGAGACUCCGACAUCUACUACGCCGGGGACUGUCAGAUAGGAUGGGGCUACAUGCUGGCUGUUGUGGGCGUCAUGCUCACCUUAUUCCUGCCCUUUUUCGCCAAGUAUGCCCCCAAGGAGCAUCUGUCACCCACUCCAUUGCCCACACUUUUAUAGAGCACUAAUCCUCCUACAAUAUUCAGCCAGUGCCCCCGUCAUAACUAAAAUAUGAUUGGAUUAAGGCACAGUCUCAGCAUCAUUCGCCAUAGCUGGUAAUGAUGUCGUUAAGAUGAUGAGCAGAACUCGAGACCCUUCACCUCCUCUACUCUUACUUUUUUUUUCCUCUUCACAGUCAACGUGCCAGGUGAAAAACUCAUUUGAAAAGGAUUAAGAGGAUUUUUGUCUUUCUUUCCCUUGUUUUAAAGUUAUUUUAAAACUUUAUCUGUUUAAAUUGUCCAGGCUAAACAGCUCUAAGGACUAACGAUUGAAAACAACGUCAAAUGGGGCAAAUUAAGAUAUCUGACAUUUCAUUUGCAAGGAUCAAAACCAAAAAGAGCAAAUUAAAUGAAAUUGAGGAAUAAUUUCCCUAAACUUUUUUUAAUGAAGACUUGACACGGCAUGCACUGAAUUAAAAAAAGAACAAAAAACAAAUGUAGUCCCUUUUUAGAUGGACGUUUUUGUGGACUUCUACGCAAAUGGAUCCACGUUUCAUCAUGAGAAACUUAAACUCCAUGAAUCUGACAACUGGAGGACAAUUUUCACUUCAUACAGUUUCUAGCACCUGAUAUAGUACUUAUUCAAGGACCAACACUGUGGCUUAAGUAAACUGACCUUUUUUAUUCUAUUGGCAGGCUUCUGUCUGUAUUUUCUUCAAUUUGUUUCAUAUAUAACCCUGCGAGAGGCAUAGAGGAACUGUAUUAAUUACAUGGACAAGGCCGUUGCUUCAAACUCCCAUGGAUGGAUCGCAAGCAUUGACCUUUCUCCAAAAAAAAAAAAAAGAAAAUAAUGUGAAGCUAUCCUACACAUAAAACUUUGUUUUCCCAAACUGAGUGAAAAAGAAAUGCUCCAAAGCCUCUUUUCUCUGUCUUUACAGUAACACCUACUAGUAUUGAAUUAUUCAGGAUUGUUAUUCAGGCUAUUCUGAAUUAAAGUUGAGCUUGGUUACAUACACACACACACACACACCAACUAUCCCAGCAGACACACAACGCCAUAAGGUGUUAAUAUUAGGUUAGAUUUAGCUCGUGAUGUCAGGUGACCAAAAUUCAAUAUCUAACCAGCGUCUAAGGGCAAGGUAAUUUUGACGUCUAAUAACGGUGUGAAAUGACCUUGAUUUUAGGUUGUUGAAAAGUGACCAAAAUCCAAGGUCCUAUUGACGUCAAAUACUGACAUUUAUUUGUCAGGUAUGACAACCAAAAUCCAAUGUCUGAUAGACGUCAUAGUCGUAACAUCCACACGGCGUCAAGCUGUGACGUCAUUAGAUGUUGAUAUUUGAGUGAUUUUAGGUUGUGUUGAAAAGUGACCAAAAUCCAACGUCGAGCCAACAUCUUACACCAACGUCAUAUUGACGUCAAAUACUGACAUUUAUUCAUCAGGUAUGGCAACCAAAAUCCAACGUCUGAUAGACGUCAUAGUGGUAACAUCCACACAACGCCAAGCUGUAACAUCAUUAGACGUUGAUAUUUGGUUGAUUUUAGGUUGGACAUCUAUGUCAACCUGACAUUAGGUUCUGACGUCAACCCAAUUUUAAUUUCCAAAAAAAUGCAACGUUCCACCACGGGGUACACCGUCAAUCUGACAUCAUGUUAACGUUCUGUGCCUGCUGGGAUGUUUUGGAAAAUACCAACUUCUAACCAACAUGUGCCUUCUGACCAUUGCUAAGACUUAAGUACCUUUCAUCAGGUAAUCUACUUGUGAAAUAUUUUGUAAACGCUUUCUUGUUAUGCUAUAAUUUCAGUAUGUCUUCAUCUUUCAUGGUGAUUCCUUUUCGCAGGAAGUCUUUAAUAACGGAGUUUGUUUUGUUUUUGAAGGGUUUGCAAAAACGAAUGAAACAAUAAAAGCUAAAUUAGCAAGUCAGUGAACAACUAAUUUAUUCCUGAUUUGUGAUGACAGAUUUAUGAAUUACUUUGAGAGAUUUAGCUGUAAAGAUCAAAUCAAGCUAAUGUGCCAAUGCAUUUAAUCUUGGCACUGCAAUACGGUGAAGCUAAAGCUUCUACUUGGAUCAUUCCAUAUUGCACUUGGCUCACUUUUGCUGUUGUGUUGAUUUAUUUGUGUGUUAUGUAUUCAGACCUGCUCAAAAUAUUGGCACUAAACUGCCCUCAGUAUAUUAACCUUCAACUUCUAUAAUCAUAUCGACGAGCGUACAGCAAAAAAUGAAGAAAAGAAAACACAACCCUCAGACAUGUGUACAUUUAACUGUUAGGGGUAAGCUGUAGCUCACAGGACAGAGCACAACUUUUAAACUGGCAUCAGAUGUCAAUCAUGGCAGGCCCUUUAAAUGACGUCCUCUGACUGCCUUGAUGCGAAGGCAACUUGCAUUCUUGAGUUGAGUUUAUGAUCAUGUUUGUGAAGUCUGACCACUGGUAGAUCUUAGAUCUUGUAGAUUAGUGCUGUGGGUUUCCCACUGUGAUGUUUUGGUUGUAAAUAAUACUGUAACAUGGCAUCCUGAUGGUUUUGAAAGAUAUAUUUUGAGAUGUUACCUCAUCAUUGUGUUUGCUUAACCUUUGAAAUCCUUAAUGAAUUGCUGUUAUGUGUUUCUUCUUUGUAAUAAAUAAUUUCAUAAACAU